AUGGGGAUGAGGGAUGAUAAUCGGAUGGUGAGUGAUGCCAUGACACUGCAAGUGCAAAGUGCGUCAUCUGUUGCAAGUGUGGGGCAUCGCCUCAUUGUGAAAUCCCAUGAGAUGCAGGUGCUAAGAGCUCAGUUGGUGGCAGAGCGGAGUUUGGUUGAACAUUAUCAGCGUGUUAUAAGGAGUUUGAAGAGGGAGAGGGCAAAGAUGGCGGAGGCUAAUCAACUUCAGCUUGAAAUAUUACUGGAAGAGAAUCAAAAGCUAUCAAAGACGGUAAAUUUUUACUCUCAAGACAUGCAAAAGCAAUUGGAGGCCCUAGAGCGACCGGGUAAACGCAAACAACGAGAUCACGACACAAGUGUUGCUCAAGUUAAGGGUGUGAUCUUUGGGAGCUCAAGUGAUGAGCGACAAGAAGCUGUGCGUGAAAACCCAAGAUAA